CCGCUUCACGGCCAAAUUUGCCAAUCAUCAUAUCCUCCAAUUCUCUCGAUCCGACCGAUGCAUAAAGUGGCCGGGCCUUCACUGAGAGACAUGAUGUCACGAGUAUUUGGGCUAUGUUAUUCAGCCUAUUUGAAUGGAUAAAAUGCAUAUCAAGAUAAUUUAAGGCCGACGAAAAUCCCAGCUAAGGCUUCAAUCCCAAGGCUGUUGAGCAAUAUGUAUCGCUGGCUGGUGGCCCUAACAGUCUGCGCCGCACAGCUGGUGCUGGCGACCCCAAUCCAGACACGGGAAUCGGACUACUUUCUGCCCAACUCUACUGGAUUUCGCAUGCAGCAUGGCUUCGAGACUAUUCUGGUGCAACCCUUUGGUUAUGAUGGGUUCCGGGUGCGCGCCUGGCCCUUCCGGCCUCCUACGGGCCAUGAAAUCAGCUUCGUCUACGAUCCACCACUGGAAGGCUUCGAGGAUGGACAAGCGCAUGGCUUGAACUUUGACACAGCGUUCAACGGCAAUCAUACUGUUGCUAUCCGCAAUGGAAACACCAUCGUGCGGACCUCCGGUUGGGGUGGAAACCCCGGAGGAUAUCGCCUGGCAUUCUACCGCGUCGAGCAAGAUGGAUCUGAGACCCUGUUGACGAACGAAUAUGCGCCACUCAAGUCGGUCAAUCCCCGUUACUACUCAUGGAACGGCCCAGGAAGUGAAUUCUCUGCCGAGUUCUCGUUUAGUACAACACCCGACGAGCAGUUCUAUGGCACGGGCACGCAACAGGACCACCUUGUCAACAAAAAAGGAACGGUCAUUGACUUGAUCAAUUUCAAUACCCACAUCCCCACACCCGUGUUCAUGAGCAACAAGGGCUAUGCAUUUAUUUGGAAUAUGCCAGCGGAAGGUCGCAUGGAAUUCGGACAACUACGUACGAGGCUCACCGCAGCCUCCACUACAGUCGUCGACUAUGUCAUCGUGGCCACGACGCCAGGUGACUAUGACACACUGCAGACACGUCUAUCCGCGCUGACGGGUAGAGCACCUACUCCCCCUGACUUCUCGCUCGGCUACAUCCAGUCUAAGCUCCGCUAUGAGAACCAGACUGAGUUGGAGCUUCUAGCGCAGAAGUUCAAGGAUAACAACGUUCCCGUCGGAAUGUUCGUCAUCGACUACCAAUCCUGGCGGAAUCAGGGCGACUGGGGUCUCGACCCAGCGCUGUGGCCGGACGUAGCAGCAAUGGCGAAGAAGGUAAAGGAUCUCACGGGAGCAGAGAUCAUGGCAUCUCUCUGGCCCAGUGUAUCCGACGCGAGCGACAAUUAUUUGGAGUUGCAGGCCAACGGAUACUUAUCUGCGACUCGCGACGGGCCCGGAACCACCGAUUCGUGGAACGGCUCGUACAUCCGCAACGUUGACUCUACGAACCCAGGUGCGCGAAAGUUCAUCUGGUCAACCUUGAAGCGCAACUACUAUGACAAAGGCAUCAAGAACUUCUGGAUCGACCAAGCGGACGGUGGUGCCUUGGGCGAAGCUUACGAAAACAACGGCCAAAGCACCUACAUCCAGUCUGUCCCCUUUGCCUUGCCCAAUGUCCUCUACGCAGUUGGUACCCAGCUGAGCGCUGGAAAAUAUUAUCCCUGGGCCCACCAGCAGGCAAUCGAAGAGGGUUUCCGCAACGUUACCGACAGCAAGGAAGGCGAAGCUUGCGAGCACAUCUCACUCAGUCGGUCUGGCUAUAUUGGAUCUCAACGAUUCUGCAGCAUGAUCUGGUCGGGAGACAUCACCUCCGUCUGGGAAACACUGGGCCUCCAAAUUGCCAGUGGACUAUCCGCUGCCGCGACAGGAUGGGGCUGGUGGACUAUGGACGCCGGCGGCUUCCAGCCCGAUCCGACAGUAUCAUGGAGCGCUAACAUCGACACACCAGAGUAUCGCGAGCUGUACGUGCGUUGGCUACAGUGGGCUACAUUCGUCCCCUUCAUGCGCACGCACGGCCAGCGAGUCUGCGACACCCAGGAUGCAUACACAUGUAACAACGAGCCGUGGUCGUACGGAGAGAAGAACACCCCCAUUAUCCUCUCGUACAUUCAUCUCCGGUACCAGCUGGGGUCAUACCUACGUGCUCUUUUCGAUCAGUUCCACAAGACCGGUCGCAUGAUCAUGCGUCCCUUGUACAUGGAUUUCGAGAAGACCGAUCCGAAAGUCUCACAGUGGAUGCAGGCCAACAACAAUGUGACAACGCAGCAGUAUAUGUUCGGUCCGAGAUUGCUUGUGUCACCUAUUACCACGCCGAACGUCACUGAAUGGCCGGUAUAUCUGCCGCAGACGGGCCAGAAUGGUACCAAGCCAUGGACGUACUGGUGGACUAAUCAGACCUAUGCUGGUGGUCAGACGGUUACUGUGCCCGCGCCUGUGGAGCAUAUUCCUGUGUUCCAUCUUGGGAAGAGGGAGGAUAUUCUCAGUGGUGAUGUCUUCUAGGGGUGGUAUGUCUGUACGACUGGAAGAGGUGUCAAAAAUAUCAUAGUACUGCAUGUCCUAAACAAAUUAUGAAUCUCCCAAUCUUCGCUAGACUGACACCCUUGAGCUAAUCUCAAUUACAAGACUUUGAACCCAAUCCAAAACAAAGGUCAA